GGAUUUUGAUAAAUUCCACCCCCAAAGGGGUAAAAAAGGCGAUGAAAGUUUGUAUGAAACUUUGUCAGUUUUACACUGAUCGGGUUGAAUUUUGAUAUGCAGGUAAAUGUUUUGAUGAAGGCAUCCCAUAAGAUAAGAUUUUGAUCAAUUCUACCCCCAAGAAGACAAAAUUGGUGAUGAAAGUUUGUAUGAAAUUUUAAACUGAUUGGGCUGAGAUUUUGCAUGCAUAAAAGUAGUUUUAUUCUUAGGAGAUGCCUACGUCAUAGUAGUAUGACGUAGGCAUCUCCUAAUAAAGGAAUUUGAUACAUUUAUUCUACCCCCAAUGGAAUAAAAUAGCACAUGAUAGUUUGUAUAAAUCAUCUUAGCGAAUGAAUCUAAAAUCAAUGAAUAAAAAUAAAUUCAUUUCACAAUAAGUAUAACCUAAGUACUGAAUGAAGUCUGACGACAUUUUUUUGUUACCGUGAAAUCUCCCUUGGUAAAGUCAAAAUUCUGCCAGAAGUCAUUCUGCGUGGACGAAGUCGCGGGCAACAGCUAGUCUAAAAUAUAUAAGUAAUGAUUCCAAGCUAUUAUAAAAUUAACUAUUUUAGAUUUUACAAGUAAUGAACGAUGAUUCGGAAAUGCCCAAAAUUUCCAAAGACACCCUUAGAAAAAUUUUGAAGCAUCUUAAUUUUAAAUUUAUUGCACGUUCACGCAAGAGCACACUUAUUGAUCGAAAUGACAUAAUAACAUGGCGCCAGCGUUACUUGCGAUCUAUAUGUAAGUUUCGACGAGAAGGGAGACAUAUAUAUUAUCAAGAUGAAACUUGGAUUAACGCAGGUCAUACUGUAAAAAAAACUUGGGUGGACAAGAAAGUCACAUCAUCUCGACAAGCGUUUUUAGACGGACUGACCACUGGAUUAAAAAAUAUAUCUGGAAAAGGUAAACGUCUCAUAAUUAGCCAUAUAGGUAGUGAAGAAGGCUUCCUGGAAGAAGGGCUCAUGAUUUUUGAAGCAAAGAAAAAUUGUGCAGAUUACCAUGAUGAGAUGAAUGCAAUUUGUUUUGAGGAGUGGUUCGCUGGAGUCUUACCAAAAUUAAGACCAAACUCAAUUGUGGUGAUGGAUAAUGCACCUUACCAUUCCCGAAAAUUGGAAACGGCACCAAAAAUGAGCUGGAAAAAAGCUGCCAUUCAAGAUUGGCUUUUAAAUAAAAAUAUUAAUUACGAACCAGAUAUGGUUAAAGCUACGCUUUUGGAACUGGUUCCACAUAACGAGUGUUUUAAUAAGUACGCUGUGGACGAAAUGGCAGCACAACAUGGGAUCACGGUUUUAAGACUGCCCCCUUACCAUUGCGAGCUAAACCCUAUCGAAUUGAUAUGGGCGCAGGUAAAGGGGCAUGUUGCUCAAAAUAAUAAAACAUUCAAAUUGACAGACGUGAGAAAUUUAUUUCAGGAAGGCAUUCAAAAAAUUACGGCUACCGAAUGGUCUAAAUGCAUAUCCCAUGUUGUCAAAGAAGAGGAAAAAAUGAGUAGGCUAGAUAUAUUAAUUGACAAUAUCACAGACACAUUUAUAAUAAAUGUUACAGAAAGUGAUAGUGAUAGCGAUGACAGCGACAAUUUAUAA